GCGGUAUGAGAGCAUCAUUUCAUGACAGUUGUUGGGGAGAGUUUUUUCCUUCCAUUAGCCAUUAUUGGAACUCCAUGCAACACUUGUGCUUUUUCUAGAUGAGAGCACUGAGCUCUAGCGCAUAUUAUUCACCUGUCUGCUUCGUUUUUCUGCGACACCACUCCGUACUGCGCGUCGGGUUUUGCGACGCGAAUCAAACAUGUCUCUGCGACACUCUGCAGGGCAGCUCUCCAAGAGAGCUUGCUCUACCGCAUCACCAGCUUCAGCAAGCCCAGCCCUUCCAUCCCUCCUACUUCCCAAGCACAGAAUAAUACAGAUGCGGACCUUUGCGACACCAGUGCCGCCCGUAACGCAGAAUGCAGUCGGUUCCCAGGGCCCGACCGCCAUGGUCUUCCUGAACAUGGGCGGUCCGUCAACAACGGACGAAGUUGGUGACUUUUUGAGUCGACUAUUUGCUGAUGGCGACCUGAUUCCGUUAGGGCGGCUGCAAAACUACUUAGGACCUCUAAUCUCAAGCCGCCGAACUCCCAAAAUCAAAAAACAAUAUGCCUCUAUUGGAGGAGGCUCGCCAAUCCGCAGGUGGUCCGAACAUCAGAACAAGGAGAUGUGCAAGAUCCUCGACAAGAUAUCACCCGAGACCGCACCCCAUAAACCCUACGUCGCAUUCCGAUACGCUGAUCCCUUGACUGAAGAGAUGUACAAACAACUUCUCGCGGACGGCUUCGGAAACGGCAAGGGCGGCAGAGCAGUGGCAUUUACACAAUACCCUCAAUACUCCUGCUCGACGACGGGAAGCAGCCUGAACGAGCUCUGGAAAUGGCGCCAACGCUUGGAAGGCAAAGCCGGCCGUGGCACAAUUCAAUGGAGUGUCAUUGACAGGUGGCCGGUUCACCCGGGGCUUGUUGAAGCUUUCGCCAAGAACAUUGAGGACAAGCUGUCAGAGUAUCCCAAGGAGAGAAGGGACAAGGUGGUGCUAUUAUUCUCAGCUCACAGCUUGCCAAUGAGCGUGGUAAACAGAGGAGAUCCAUAUCCUGCCGAAGUGGCAGCAACAGUAUAUGCCGUUAUGCAGCGUCUGGCGUUUUCCAAUCCAUACAGACUGUGUUGGCAAUCGCAAGUCGGCCCAUCGGCCUGGCUUGGUCCCCAAACAUCCGAUUCGGUGGAGAACUACAUCGCCAAGGGACAGAAGGAUCUUAUUUUGAUCCCAAUUGCCUUCACGUCGGAUCACAUCGAGACGCUCUACGAGCUGGACCAAGAGGUGAUAGGAGAGUCGGGUCAUGCGGACACGGUGAAACGCGUCGAGAGCUUGAAUGGCAGCCCCAUCUUCAUUGAUGCUCUAGCUACUAUUGCGAAGUCGCAUCUUGACAACCGCGUCGCUUGUUCGUACCAGAUGGGUCUCCGGUUUUUUUGCCGGUGUGGAGAACGCAUUUGCGGCAUAAAUGCGAAUGCGUCAUUUGUCUUCGCCAUGAUUGUCGGGCAACAAAUCGCAUGUUGGCCCAUCGAGUUUGCGCCUUAUGGAUGUCUAGUUCGAUCCGCGAAUCAUGAAUCACCAUGUUUCCGGAUAGUCACAAUUCUUUAUAACAGACAGAGAAGCUCCGCGGAGCUCGCAGUAGUCAAGCCUUAUCAUCGGAUUCAGGUUCAACAUAGAUUUAACAUAGCAGACUUGUUGGCUGCCUUUCUUCAAGUGACGCAGCAUUCGCGGCCGUAAUACUGCAACGCUAACGACCGUGCCCAGAGCUUGGAUCCGAGACAAUCGUAAUCCCCAUACAACUCGGAUAUGAUCUACAAUUAGCCCGACAUGGGCCGUUGAUCACUUCAUCCACGACUACCUCGCCUACUGACGUCAUGGCGUCAUCGAUUUUAUCGUGGGAAGUUCUUUGGUGCGUAUCCCAAGAGCCAACAGAUGAGAAUUCCCAGAUAACUGCUACUACGGCAAAUUUGAAUACACAUCAAGCACACGUAGUCGUACUGCCUAAGCCGUCAACAUGGAACGGAACAAAUGUCAGCCUCACGGAAAUGCAUUGGAAUGUCUUACUUUGGGCUCUCUGCUCCUAACUCGGCGUUUCCGGACACUCGGUUCGGUCCAGUGUACUGCGUUAGUUAUGUACACCUCUCCAGGUGAAGCAGAUUGUUAGCGCAGUACAACACCCCAUAAUGUUUACUAGUCUUAUGAUUGUUUUCAAG